AUGUCAGCCACAGCUCGGCACGAAGCCGCUAUGAAGCGCGACAUGCAGACCAAGCUGCGUCAGGCCACCGAUCCGUUGGAGAAGCUGCGCUUGCAAUGUCUGGCUCGAGGCGCCGCCGGUAUCAAGGGCCUUGGCCGCACCUUUAAGAUCUUUGAUGAUGAUGGUAACAACCAACUGAGCUUUGAGGAGUUUUCCAAGGGUCUGCAUGAUUAUGGCGUGUACCUCGACUCGGACGUGGUUCGUCGAGUUUUUGACCGUUUUGAUGCCAACAAGGAUGGAUCUCUGUCUUUUGACGAGUUCUUGAAAGCCCUGCGCGUAAGUGAUGCGGACCGCCCCCCAUUUCAAAAGCUGGACAAGGACGGCAACGGCCGCAUUACCAAGGAGGACCUCAAGGGCGUCUAUGAUGUCAAAAAGAAUCCCAAAUACAUUAGUGGCGAGAUGGACGAAGACGAGCUGCUCGAGGAAUUCUUGGCCUCGUUUGACACCCCUGGUCGGGCAGACGGCAAGGUGGAAUGGGACGAGUUUGUCUCCUACUACAGUGGGGUCUCAGCCUCCAUCGACACUGACACAUACUUUGUUCUUAUGAUGACUCAAGCCUGGAAGCUGUAA